CAACCUCUUUCCUUGCAACAUGCAAACAUGAGCGGCGACAAGGCAGACAACUCUGGCCUCGGCCGGGACGCGCUCGCGCUGCAGCCGAUGGCCAGCGCCCCGACCCAUGCCAACAACAACAACAAUAGACGGCUAUCGUCGCCAUCUCCUCCCCCUCCGCAGCAACAAGCACACCAGCCAUCCACUCCACGCAAUGACAGACGAAGGCCUACCCUGGAAGACCGACGGCAGCCCAGCAUCCGAUUACGCCGCCUCGGAUCCGCCAGCACCCUAGGCUCUCAACACACGACGGCCACGACCGACUUUGCUCAGAAGCCUCCGGCCGACACAUCGGGCAGGCGCCGCUCUUCGUCCGAGCCCCAGCGCCCACUAUGGGCCACCUCUAGCAGUCCCAAUCCCAACAGCCUGAGUGUUCCGAGAGGUGCAGCACGACCUACAAAUAUCCACAUGCCCCGCCUGGACGAGGAGACUGGACGCCCAUCUACCACUCUGCCGCCUGAUGUCGACAUUGAGCAACUGGCUGCUGCUGGAGAUCCGUCGCUACUUCAAGAGCCCGCUCGUCCAGGUCUGUGGAAAAGAGCGAGUGUUGCCGCCCUCCAACCUUUUAGACGUCAGCCGCAGCAUGAANGACGGUGCCCUGGAAGCCACCCUCGAAGGAGGCCUCGUCGAGGAACUUGGGCGAACGAGUACGACUCUGAUCUGGUCGACAUUCUUGAUGUCGUGGAUCCCGAGGUUGCUACCCUCGCGACCCUUACUAAUGUUCAAAACUCUCUGUUCAUUCCAGACUUGGGCUCAUUGUUGAACCGUCGUCCAACUUAUAAUUUGACUCGUGAACCAAGCUUCUUCCGCGACCACCCUCCAACCAAACCUCCUUCCAUCAAGCCUUCUUCCAUCAUGGCCCAGGAUCGAAUCGAAACCGAGGCCGAAGAUGUCGAAAUGCGUCCGGGUAUCGACCGCACUUUUACCAUUGCCUCGCAUAUGAGUGAGACCGAAGACCACUACGCCGUUCUUCCUCAUGGUAUCAGUCUGGAAGGUUGGAGUCUGGCUGAAAAGCAGGAACUCAACGACCAUGUUAGACACAUGUUGCACUCGCGCCGUGCUGCUUUCAAACGAGGAAUGAAGGGCUUUGGUCAAUACCCCCUCUUGGCUUUUGCUGAUCCACCUCUCAUAGCCCUUGGUCUGUUCGUUACUGUAUAUGCCACCCUGGUGACCUUGUUCGGUCUUGCCUGGGUUCUCUUCCUCAUCGGAUGGAUUAACGUUGGGGGUCGACAGUCAUACAUUAUCAAUAUCAUCGACAACGUCCUGGUCGCCCUCUUCGCCAUCAUCGGUGACGGUCUAGCCCCAUUCCGAGCAGUCGACACGUACCACAUGAUCUACAUCGCUCAUUACCAUCAUUUGACAUGGAGUCUCCGCAAANAACGCAACCUUCCAAAGCUCAAGAACGAAAACGACCUUCCUGUCCAACCCGGUAUCGAUGCAGAUAUCGAGACCGGCUCAACCGCAGAAGCUGCUUCCAUUCAUGAAACCGCUUCCGCUCUCAACGCUGAUGUCAAGUCUAACAGAUCCAUGAGCAAGGAUGACUCGGAGGAGAGCGUCCUCACAGAAGAACAGCAGAGGAAGCUCAAGCAUCACGAGGACAAAUUCUCAAAGUCGCACACUUUCUACAAGCCCCACGAAACCGAAACUCACCAUGCCUUUCCCCUGCGACUUCUCGUUGCUGUCGUCGUCCUGCUCGAUUGUCACUCCCUCCUCCAGAUCGCUCUGGGCACUUGUACAUGGUCCAUCUCUUACCACGUACGGCCAUUCGCUCUCACGACUGUCAUUCUUUGCUGCUCGCUUACAUGUAAUAUUACUGGUGGUAUUCUCAUCAGCGUUGGCGAUCGCAUAACCCGCAAGAAAGACGUGGUGGAGCGCAUGUUCAGACAGCAGCUCACAGAGCAGGCUAUCCACAAGAUGGAGAAGCGGCGCCAGAAAGAAAACGAACGCAACGAAGAAUUAGACGUGGUUGUAUCAAAUUCAACUUCGAAUAGUGCUGAAGAGUCAGCCCUGAAUGGCACUGGAUUGGAACCAGGAAGCCACUCGCUACAACCCAAAGUACUCGGCGCUGGAGUGGAUGCGGCACAACUGUCUCACAAGCUAUGA